ACUUUCCUUCUUCCUUUCUAUCCGUUCAUCAUAUUUGGAGAGAAAAAACUCCAACGAAGAGAGAAAUAGAAGACAAAAAGGAGGAGAAUUCAAGGAGAGAAAUCAAACCAGUCCCUCAGCCUCUUGCUGGACUGGUUUGCAUUGUGAUUCUUACUUAACUAUGCAGGUGAGCUUAUUUUGAUGAUUAGGAGAGUGAACUAAGAACCUGAGUAGAUGACGAGAGUGACGCUUGAUUUUGGAGAUUCAAUGCAAGGGGAGGUAAUGCAAUCAGUGUCAUCUGACGUAAAUUUUGCCUCACAUGGUUUUCCAAAGUAUAUGCUAGGCCCUAAUAAUAUGAUCAUUGAGCCACAUGAGGGUCCUAAAAAGCCCUCUCUCAAAGAGAUUGUUGCCAAGGAGACAGCGCAGUUGUUGGAGCAGCAUCAACGAGUUUCCGUUCGUGACCUUGCUAAGAAGUUUGAGAAAGGUCUCUCAACUGCCACUAAGUUAUCCGAUGAGGCAAGGUGGAGAGAAGUGACAUCUUUGGACCGGCAAGUUCUUCUGAAGAAACUUAGGGAUCUAUUGGAAUCACUCAGAGGUCGUGUGGCAGGUCGAAACAGGGAUGAUGUUGAUGAAGCCAUUACUAUGGUGGAGGCUUUAGCAGUUCAAUUGACUCAGAGAGAAGGAGAGUUGCUUCAAGAAAAAGCCGAAGUAAAAAAGCUAGCAGCCAUUCUAAAGAAGGCUUCUGAAGAUGCCAAAAAAGUUGCUGAAGAAGAAAGAGCUUUUGCUCGUGCAGAAAUUGAAAAUGCAAGAGCAGUGGUGCAGCGAAUUGAAGAGGCUCUUCAUGAACAGGAGAAGAAGUCAAAAAGUUCAGAGCAGCGGGAUUUGGAAGAACUAAUGCAAGAAGUUCAAGAGGCGAGAAGAAUUAAAAUGCUUCACCAACCAAGCAAGGUAAUGGACAUGGAACAUGAACUUCAAGCACUGCGUGGCCAGCUUGCAGAAAAGUCGGGGAAGAUCAUUAAGCUUCAGAGAGAGAUUUCAUUGAACAAAAGACGCGAACAAAAUGAAUCCCUUCUGUAUGAGUUAGAAGGCCUUGAAUGUUUAGGCUCUUGUUUGUGCAUCUUGCCAAGAACAGAGACCGCUCCCAACUUGGCGAAUUGUUCUAUUCAAUGGUAUCGUGUCCAGCCUGAAGAAAGCAAAAAAGAAUUGAUUUCAGGGGCAACAAAAUCAAUUUAUGCCUCGGAACCUUUUGAUGUUGGACGAUUCUUGCAAGCUGAAAUUGUUUUUAACGAUGAAAAGAUUAUAUUGAAAACAAGCGGUCCAAUAGAUCCAGCUGCAGGAUUGGGAAGCUAUGUAGAAGCACUAAUUAGAAAGCCGGAGACUCAGUUCAAUGUAAUCAUUGUCCAGAUGAAUGGACGUGAUCACCCCUCACAUGCUAUACACGUAUUUCAUGUCGGGAAGAUGAGGAUUAAACUUUGUAAAGGAACAAAAACCAAAACCAAAGAAUCAUAUUCCAAUUCAAUGCAGCUUUGUGGGGUGAGAGGUGCUGGAAACGCAGCGGCGCAAGCACUAUAUUGGCAGGCAAAGAGAGGCCUCUCCUACAUUUUAGCAUUUGAAUCAGUGAGAGAAAGGAAUGCCGCCAUUAUGCUUGCUCGAAGAUAUGCUUUUGAUUGUAAUAUAAUGCUUGCGGGACCUGGUGAAAGGUCUUCGGUAUGAAUCUACUGAACUUCUAUACCGAAUUAAUUGUAAUUAUCGAGUGGUGUUUGGGGUGUGUAUUUGUAUGAUUGUAGGGCGUUCGGCUUUGGCUCUUAUUAUUUUGUGUUUGACAUCAAGGGGUCCCUUUUUUCUGCCUUGAUAUCAAGUUGUAACCAU